AUGGAGGCAUUUACUUUUGCGCUUUCCACCCAGGUGGACCUUCCUGUCUGCAUCAAGGUUGGCUCACUCGAAGGCAAACAGAAGCAAAUACCAUACUCGCGAUUACUCAAGAAUUCGCAAUUACGACAUCUCGGAUCCGCCCAGAACCCUUGCUCCGAUUUAUUCGUCACGGUGCAGUUAUGGUCGGACUCGAAGCCCCUCGGUGUUCCACUUCAGACUUCAUAUAAGGCUUUCAAAAACGCCCGAGCAUGGAACGAAUGGCUGCACAUGCCCAUGUCCAUUAAGGAUGCCCCAUUCAACUCUCAGCUUGCGAUCACGGUCUGGGAUUUAUCCCCACUGGCAGGCGAUGGACCACAGGGUCAUGAUAUACCUUUUGGCGGAACCACCAUUCCUCUGUUCGAUACCGAGGGCAAGUUGAAGAUAGGGCGACAGAAGUGCAAGAUCCAUCGCCAUAAAGCUGCGGAUGGCUUUUCGUCAACCACUACUCCAUCUACGCCCCCUACGAAGAGGCGGAAACAGAACAGUCGCGACGUGCUGGCCCCGUCGUCGGAAGAGCUCGAGUUGGAACGAAUUGAAGUCCUGAUCAAAAAGCAUGAGAUAGGCGAGAUCACUCGAAUUGACUGGAUGGAUCAAAUGGUCUUCCGUCAGCUUGAGAAGCUGAAAAUGCAGGCUGAGGAGGCUGCCCGCAAACGAGCUAUUCAUCUGAAGACAUUGAAGCAGAAGACUGGUGCAAAUGAAGACGACAGUUCUGACGAGGAGCUAGAUGAUGAGAACUUUGUCCUUUACGUGGAUUUCCCUCGUUUCGACCAUCCCAUCGUUUGGGCUGAUCAUCAGUAUGCCCCUCCGCCUAUCUCGUCUUAUUCUCAGAGCGUACCAACCAAUACAAACUCGGCAUUAAAACCGGUCCCAGAGGUCCGCUUUGGCCCUGGAAUUGAAGGCGGUGAUGGUGCCGGGGUUGUUAGAAUCUACGACGCAGAGGUUGGACAGUCUGGAAACCCGAGUGAAGACAAGCAUCGCCGUUUGAUUCGCAGUCACCGCACUGGGUUCAUGGAUCGCGAUCUCAGACCCAACCCCAAGAAUCGGGAUGAGCUGAACGUUAUCUUGUCAUACGAGCCGACCCAGGAUCUCACUGCUGAGGAGAAGGAUAUUGUCUGGAGAUUCAGAUACUUUUUGACACGAGAGAAGAGAGCACUCACCAAAUUCGUCAAAUCGGUCAACUGGCGCGACGAGGGAGAAUCUCGGCAAGCAGUUGAGAUCCUGCCCAAGUGGACUGAGAUCGAUGUCGAUGAUGCCUUAGAACUUCUUGGGCCGACGUUCGACAACCCGGCGGUGCGAUCCUAUGCCGUAGCCAGGCUGCGCAAGGCCGAUGAUGAAGAGCUUCUUCUUUAUCUUUUGCAAUUAGUUCAAGCUCUUAAAUAUGAGGAGCAUGCUGGAGACGAUGCGGAUGAAGCUGCUCACGACUCUUCACUUGCCAAUUUCCUGAUUUCGCGCGCCGCCAACAACUUCAAGCUCGGCAACUACAUGCAUUGGUACCUCAUGGUAGAGUGUGAUGACGCGGGCCCCGGCACACUGUCAAAUCAACGACGCCUCUUUGCUCGAGUCGAAUAUUAUUUCAUGACCGAGUUGGAGAAGGUCAACACAGAACAUCGAAAGAUCCUUCUACGUCAAGGUGAAUUGAUUGCCGUACUCUCGAAGAUUGCCAAGGACAUUCGAUUCUCCCGAGAAACUAGGCCCGUGAAAAUUGAGAAGCUGAAGAAGUCUCUUCGUGACCCGAAGAACGAACUCAUCCACAUUGACCCACCGCUACCUUUACCUUUGGAUCCAGACGUCCAGAUAACUGGAUGCUACCCCGACGAAUCCAAUGUCUUUAAAUCGACAUUAUCUCCGCUGCAAAUCACCUUCAAAACCACCGACGGCCUGCGUUACCCACUUCUAUUCAAAGUAGGCGACGAUCUUCGCCAGGAUCAGCUCGUCAUCCAGAUCAUCAUCCUAAUGGAUCGACUUCUCCAAAAAGAGAACCUGGACUUGAAACUGACACCAUACCGAAUCCUCGCCACAAGCUCCACCGCCGGUGCCGUCCAAUUCAUCCCCUCAACCUCCCUCUCUGCCGCAUCCGCCAAAUACCGGUCCAUCCUCGCCUAUCUAAAAGAAAACAACCCAGACGAAAAUGAACCCCUCGGCGUCCGCAAAGAAACAAUGGAUACAUACAUCAAGUCCUGUGCAGGCUACUGCGUAAUCACCUACCUCCUCGGUGUCGGCGACCGCCAUCUAGAAAACCUUCUCCUAGCACCAGACGGCCACUUCUUCCACGCCGACUUCGGUUUCAUAUUAGGCCGUGAUCCGAAGCCCUUCGCCCCGAUGAUGAAACUCUGCAAAGAAAUGGUCGAGGGAAUGGGCGGCACAACCUCACCUCAUUAUCUCCAAUUCAAGGAAUACUGCUACACUGCAUACACCACCCUACGCAAAUCCGCAAACCUCAUUUUGAACUUGUUCAGUCUAAUGGUCGAUGCCAAUAUCCCGGACAUCCGCGUCGAGCCUGACAAGGCGGUGUUGAAGGUCAAGGAACGGUUCCAUCUGGAGAUGUCUGAAGAGGAGGCAAUUCGGCAUUUCGAGCAGCUUAUUGGGGACAGCGUCAAUGCUAUAUUCGGUGUUGUUAUUGAUCGGUUACAUGAGUUCGUGCAGGGGUGGAGGGCGUGA